AUGUUACAACUCGCCCCCAGUUCCUUCGAGGCAGCAUCAUGUCUCUUUCCCACCGAAACGCUUGCGCACAACGAGCGCGGCUUCAAAUCAAUCGCGCUGCCAUCGAGUGCCAAUGCCAAUAGCUCGAAGCCGCUUUCUCGUGAUGUCCUCUUGGAGGCAUGGACUAUCGUUUUGCGAUACUAUGUUGGCAGUGAUAUGAUUUGCUUCGGAUGUAUUGAUGAUGCGAGCGAGCCUAAACACGCUGUGUGUCAUGGUGAUAUACCUGCGCACGCAUCGUUGGAUGCUCUACAUAAAUUCACGGCAAAGAGCAUGGGAAACUCGGUCCAAGCGCAGUCCGUGAAAGAUUGGAUUCGAUUGAAUGACUUGUUUAAUACUCUUGUUUGGAGUCAGUCGAGUUCAGACUCAAACCUCGAAGACCUCCAAGAUACUCAGUGCGCUCUUCCACUUUUACUUUCCGAAGCCCCUACAGGCCUCUAA